UUCCGUAGGUGACAAUGAUCUUGUACGAGACGUUAAGGCUAUUCCCCCCAUUACCAGUAUUUAGUAGAACGAACAAAGAAGAAGUCAAAUUAGGGGAGCUGCAUCUACCAGCUGGAGUGAUACUCAUUAUACCUGCAAUCUUUAUUCAUUAUGACAAGGAAAUAUGGGGCGAAGACGCGAAGGAAUUCAAACCAGAAAGAUUCAGUGAAGGAGUGUCAAAGGCAACAAAAGGACAAGUCUCAUUUAUUCCAUUUGGUUGGGGACCCCGAAUUUGCAUUGGACAAAACUUUGCAAUGAUGGAAGCAAAAAUGGCAAUAGCAAUGAUACUACAAAAGUUCUCCUUCGAACUCUCUCCGUCUUAUACACAUGCUCCAUUUGCAAUAAUUACUAUUCAUCCACAGUAUGGUGCUCCUCUGCUUAUGCGCAAACUUUGAAAUAGAUAUUCUCCGUUUAUAUGCUCGAAUACUAAUAAAUAGUUGGGUUAUGGCUGAAGUCACUCUUUUCGAAUUUCAACGUUGUAGUUUUGAAAUCAAAUGUUAUCGUCAUUUUUCACUUUCUU